AUGUCUCGCCCAAUUGAGCCAUUGAAAGAGAUCAAUGAUUCAAAAGAUUUGUGGAAGAUCGCUGUUAGGUGCAAACAUCUGUGGACUGUCACAAGUUCUUCAAACAAAGAACACAUGGAGAUGGUUUUGGUUGAUUCUAAGCGUGAUAUGAUUCAGGUUGUUGUCCCUGCUUAUUUGCUUUCGAAAUUCAAAUCUGAAAUUGAAACAGGAAACUCUUAUAUCAUGCAAAAUUUUAAAGUUGGGAAGAAUGAUUUUGCUUUUAAGUCGACAAAUCAUACAUACAAAUUGGUUUUUUGUGGGUCAACUUCUGUUAAGAAAGCAGAAUUUCCUGAUAUCCCUCAUAACUACCUUAACAUUAUUGGUUUGAAUUCCAUAGUUGAAGGAAGGUUUCAAUCAAAUUUGUUGGUUGAUUUGAUUGGAGGAAUCACUGAUAUCACUCAAACCCAAGUUAACGGUGACAACAACAAGAACAGAAUAGUUUUUUCAAUUGUAGAUGCCAGCAAAACAGUUGUACAAUGUACUCUUUGGGGGCAACUUACAGUUCAGCUAUAUGAGUAUUAUAAGAAUAAUAAGCAAGCCUCUGAUAUUUUCAUUGUGCUAAUCAAUGCAAGGGUUAAAGAGGCUCAAGGAGGAUUUCCAGUUAGUGUUUCCAACACAUGGAAUGGAACGAAACUGUUGAUUAAUGACCCUGCUAUUGAGGAAGUCAAGAACUUGGUUGAUUUGCCUUUGUUAUCAUCUUCAACUGUACAAGUUGAGGCAAUGCAAAACUCAUUUUAUUCUGACUAUGACAAGUUUGUUUGGAAGGCUGAAAUAAUGAGUCUCUCUGAAAUAACAAAUCUGCAACAUGAAACAACCUGUGUUACCGUUGCUACCCUCGAUAAGUUUGAUGCUGGGCAGAUGGGAUGGUAUAAGCUUGAUAUAAAGGCUGUUGACGGCAGUUCGAAGGCAAAGUUCGUCUUUUGGGACACAAACUGCGUGAAGUUGAUUGGGAAGUCUGCUCUUCAAAUGAAGAUGGAUUUAACUCAGUCUGGUGAUUACGAUCCACUUGAAUUCCCUUACGAACUUGACUCAAUACUAAAAAAUGAAUUGGCAAUUAGAGCUGUUUAUCAGCCCAAAAAUAGUCGACUUUCAGUGAUUGGCUUCAAAACUGAUGAAGAUGUGCGUAAUAAAAUUAAGGACAGUUUCAAAUUUGAAGAGACCUCAAAACUUCGAGCACCAGAACCUCUGUCCCAGGAUGAUAUGAAUUGCAUUUCUGAACCUGUAUCUGCAUCUGCAGAAAAUGACCUGACCAUUGAAAAUUCAGGACUCACUCCAUGUAAGAGAAUUAUAAAUGAUGCAAUAGAAGAUAAUGAUAGUGUACAACAAUCAUCAACCAAGAUGGCCAGAGAUAUUAAAAAGGAGAAAUAUUUUAAAGGUGAUUUUUCAAAGUUGUCAAAUUCAAGUGUGCAAGUUACUGCAUCCCAAAAGUCAUACUACUCAGACUUUGAUAAAUUUGAAACUACAUGUUUAACUGUUGCGACUCUAUGUAAAUUAGAUGUUGGCAAAGCUGGAUGGUAUUACGAUGUAUUUGUUGAAUGCAUAAAAAGUGUGACUCCGGGGGAUGGAAAGCUUGAAUGCUAUGCAAAACACAUAAAUCCACGUCCCGUGCCCAGUGUUAAUUCUCAUGAGCCUACAUCUAGGCUUCGCAUAAUGGAACCUUCAUCGCCGGACGAUUUCCCAAGUGUUUCGGAACCUCUGUCUGUCUCAGCCGAUUAUGAUCCUUCUGUCUCGAAUACUAAACUGAAACCUGCUAAGGGAAUUUUAAGUGAUGCUGUUGAGGAAAUUGAAGGUGUCCAGCUUUCUUCGACAAAGUUAAUCAAAGAUAUCAAGAAGGAGUGA